AGGGCAUGUCAUGGCUCACUCGCUAUGAUUUUGGUUGCAUUUUCGUAAGACCGGUUAACAGAUAGUCAGCGAGUGCUGUACAAGUGAAAAGCUGUUCUGAUUGUUUUUUCGAAGAGAGAGGACAGACAGAUUUAGUCUGAAAGUAAACGGUGCAGCCAUGGGUACCAAAAGCAGUCGAAAAGUGUACAGAAUUCCUGCUCUCCUCUGUCAGAUGGAGGAAAACACUCUCCUGGCUUUCGCAGAGAGGCGGAAGACUCUCGCAGACGAAAGCACAGAAGCGCUGGUCAUGAAGAGAGGAACCCUGAUGAAAGCUGGAUUUAACAAGGUCACCAUUGAGUGGUCAAAACUGGAGGAGGUGAAAAAGGCACGACUAACUGGAUACCGUCCAAUGAACCCGUGCCCAGUGUAUGAGAAAAAAACCAAAACUCUGUUCCUCUUUUUCAUCUGUGUCGAGGGAACUGUCUCGGAGGACGACCAGAGGCGCUCGGGCAACAACAAGACCCGUCUCUGCUACAUCAAGAGCCGUAAUGAUGGCCAAGAUUGGGAAGAGGUGCAGGACUUGACCGACCAUCUGCAUGAUGUUAUCAAGGACUGGACGACUUUUGCUGUGGGGCCUGGCCAUGGUAUCCAGCUCAGUAGUGGUAGAUUGAUCAUACCGGCGUACGCUUAUAGUCCCUGCAUUCCGUUGCACUCGCAGUCAUUUGCGCUGUGUGUGUAUAGUGAUGACUCUGGAGAAACAUGGCAAGUUGGCAAUCGGCUUCAAAAUAGGUCGCUGGAAUGUGAAAUGGCAGAGGUGUUGGAUGACGCAGGGCUGAGCCAUGUUUACUGCAAUGCGCGCAAUGCGGGGGGGUAUCGAAUAGAGGCUCAGAGUGAGAACGACGGAGAGGAUUUCACAAUUCCCGAUCCUGCUGACAAACUUGUUGAAACAGGACAAAUAGGUUGUCAGGGAAGUGUGAUUGCCGUUCCUGCACAAGGUGAAUCUGAGAAUGCAAACGGUGCCCCGUCCCAGAGCAAUGAAACUUGGCUGCUCUUCACCCAUCCAACCAGUAAUUCGAAAAGGACCAAUUUAGGAGCAUAUGUAAACCAUUCCCCACUAAAAUCAGGUGAAUGGAGCAGUCCCCGAGUCAUUAACUACGGGCCCAGCGGUUAUUCAGACCUGGCUUUGAUUGGCGAUGGUCAGAUUGCCUGUCUAAUGGAGUGCGGGCAGAAAAAUGAAUAUGAGCAGAUUGCGUGCGUGGUCUUGAGCUACAGGGAUUUCACCAAACUUGAAAAAUCUGUGGUUUUUAGUUGAUGUCACAGCAACUGUUUCAAUCACCGUGUCCCUCCCUAAUCAGCUCGCGUGGGAAAUGUUGCUUGUAAGCAAGUCUUUUAUGGAUACAAUGUAAUUGUAACUGAUGUAUCAUCAAUUAGCAGCAAAGGUAAAUAUACUCAGGUUCUCCAUUGAUAAAUGAAAUCUAAAUCUACUCGUCCGACUACAAUGCUGCAAAAAACAAGUUUAUUCAAGUGUGCUAUUAGCAUGCUUCUUUUUAAACUAGAAAUAAGUGAGUAUGCUCACAUCUGGGUAGCGGAGCGGUCUACUCCGCCGCCUGCCAGCAUUCUGCGCCUGUAACGCGGUGAAUAGCCAAUCAGAGGAGCCUGUGGGCGUGCCAGCAUUCUGCGCCUGUAACGCGGUGAAUAGCCAAUCAGAGGAGCCUGUGGGCGUGCCAGCAUUCUGCGCCUGUAACGCGGUGAAUAGCCAAUCAGAAGAACCUGUGGGCGUGCCAGCAUUCUGCACCUGUAACGCGGUGAAUAGCCAAUCAGAGGAGCCUGUGGGCGUGCCAGCAUUCUGCGCCUGUAACGCGGUGAAUAGCCAAUCAGAAGAGCCUGUGGGCGUGCCAGCAUUCUGCACCUGUAACGCGGUGAAUAGCCAAUCAGAGGAGCCUGUGGGCGUGCCAGCAUUCUGCGCCUGUAACGCGGUGAAUAGCCAAUCAGAAGAGCCUGUGGGCGUGCCAGCAUUCUGCACCUGUAACGCGGUGAAUAGCCAAUCAGAGGAGCCUGUGGGCGUGUCAGUACGUUUGGAGGGGAAAAUGAAGAAGCCCAUGAAGUCGCCGUAUCGAAUCCCGGUCUUAACCUUGCUCACUCCGGAUUAAAUCAACGAUGUUUGAGUUAUCAUUUCAAUAAUAAUAUUUUUAUAUGUGCGGCUUUGUUUAGAAGUAUUUAAUUUGUUUAGAUUAUUCCAUUUUAAAGAUGAAAGUGAAUCAAUUAUGUAUGUCACAUAGUCAAGUUGAUGCAAAGCAAGACA